CCAGUUCUCCAGCGCCGCCGCCGCGGCCGCCAGCGCAGCAGGCGCGCACCGCCCCCCCGCGGGCCCGUCCGCGAGCGCGGGCGGCAUGUUCGGGCUGGAGCGCUGGGCGGUGGUGGGCCGCGGGAGCAACGGCGUCGUGCAGGCGCUCCUGGCGAAGCUGGCCGCCCGGGGCAAGGCGGUGGCGCACGUGGACCCCUCCGGCAGCACGCCUGGCGCGGCCAAGGCGUUGGUCGACGCCGGCGGCACAGGCACAGACGUCGUCAACCUGUGCGUGGGCCCCGCCAGGGGCAUACAGGUGAUCGAGGCGUGCGGCGUCCUCGGCAUCAGGAACGUGUUCAUACAGCCUGGGGCGGAGAGUCCCGAGAUCGAGGCGCGCUGCCGGGAGCUCGGCAUCGCGGCCGUGCGCGGGUGCGUGUUGGCCGAGAUGCCGUGAGUGCCCGGGGCGGCCGCGGUGGGCCCGGCUCGGCAGGAUGCCCGGGGCGGCGGCGGUGGGCUCGGCUCGGCAGAUGUUGCGUGUCUGAGCCUCUCUCUUUCCCUUGGCUCAUUCUUCAUCGAGACUCGUUGGCGAGCCCGGGGGGGCAAGUGGGAGGGGGCGGGCCUUCUCAGAAGGGCUCGGACGAACCCGGGCCUCACGAGAAGUUUCCUCCGCCUUCCCCGAGGACGACGCAGACAACUUCUCAGAAGGCCAGGAAGGCUGCCGAGACGCCCCGCUGCCUUCUGACCAGAAGGUUCCAAAAGGGGGUUUUUGGGAAAUCCGUAGCCAUUUUGGCUCAAGGCUCAAUCCUGUUCCCUGGGGAUUGAUCCUUGGUCGCUGCCGACGGGGAGGCUCGAGGGCCC